CAGCAUUUUCUUUUUCUUUUUGAAUAUCAAUAGAAAAAGGUAGUGCAAGAAAGUUUCAUUUGAUAUAACAGUCUGUGUGCUUAGGUAUAUUACAAAAGUGUUGAAACUUUUUCAAUUAUUAUUUCGUGAAAUUAUUUGUCUAGUCUUUAUAAUCUGAAGAAUUAUCAAUAAUCUGUGAUCCUCUACUUGUCCUUUAAAACUUUUUUGUACCGGCGAAAGUUAAUAGAGGCAGAAUGCGACCAGUGCGAUUGUUGGUAAGCUGCGUGCUUCUUUUAUCCUCUUCGCUGUUGAUAUGUAGUCAAUCUACCGGAGGAAGAGUUACCUUUGCUGAAGAGAAAGGUGAGGAGUUAAGUAGUGGUAAAAUUGAUAUUUUUGAUUCUCAGCAGCCAGAUAGGAGAUUCUUUAAUGGAACUCGUAAAGGUAAAAAUCUUUUUGAUUGGAUUGGUAUCGGUAUAGGACGAAACAUCGACCCGUAUUUGGCAAAGAUUAACAAGGCUUGUUUGAACGGCGAGCUAGCGGAAUGCUUCAAAUCUGAAGCACUUUCUUCGUUCUCCGAGUUUUUCGAUCAGACAGCUUAUGUUCUGAAUGAAAAUGUAAAGGUAGUGCAAAUGUCUCGGCAAGUGAUCGCGGACGUUAGCCAUCAACCGUAUGAAUACUCGACGGAACCUAGAUCCGAUGAAUCGGAAUGGGAUCAGCUUGUCAAGUUCGCAUCAAGAAAAAUGGAAAAAUUCAUAAAGACCAUGGCUAUAGAAAUAGAAGUUCCAACUUCAGAGAUUGGUGAAAACGAAGUCUACUCACCAAGAUUUAUAGAUGAAAUCGCUGAUGAGAUUGACACUCUCGAAGAUAAAAAGGAUUCUCUUUUCUCUCGUCAUCGUUUCCGAAAAUUGUUGAUACCGAUGCUGAUUGUAUUGAAGCUCUUCAAAUUGAAACUAUUGUUAUUUUUACCACUAAUCUUCGGCUUGGUGUCUUUCAAGAAAUUUUUGACAUUUUUGGCUAUCGUUAUACCAGGAGUAAUAGGAUUUGUGAAAUUGUAUAAACCUCAAAAUUAUCAACCACCCUUUUACAGUCAAAGUGGUAUUGGGCAUCCUUAUUACAAGGAACCCUCCGAUCAGCCUUAUCCUUACGUAAAUCACAAUACGGAAUAUGAUGGAAGUUACCAUGGAGAUACUGUGUCUUAUGGACAGAAUCUUGCAUAUCGAGGCUACCGCGAAUAUCAAUCGUAAAGAAAGAUGAUUUUUUACUUAUUAUGUAUCUAUACUUACUUUAUUAUUUAUUAUUUAGCUUAAUUUUGAAUUGUUGUUGAAUCGAAUUGUUUAUCAAUCGAUUGCGAAGCUAGCUAAUUCGAUCUUUUGACGUUCUUUUCGACUUUGUUUUCGUAAGUUAGCUUACAUACUUAGUAUUUAAACUAUGUCCAUGUAAUUUCGUGUAAAGAAAUAUUGAUCGAUAGCAGAUGUACAUAUAUAUUAUUAAUUUAUGAAUAUAAAA